CGAGCUUCCAAAGCUCCCGGAGCAAUAAUCCUCGCACGAAGCCCUCGCUCAGCACCUUUUCCACCAUCCCUAAUUCCUAGCCAUUCCCCCAACAACGGUGGCUACACCAGUCCCCCGUAAGCUAUGCCACGCCGGCAAUAAGCAUGCGACUCGGCCGCUAGGAUGCCGCCGCAGCAAGACAGCGCGCGGAUCGUCUUUCUAAUCGUCCUGACGUUCUGGAUCUUCUCGAGUCCCGACAAUGGGCCGCUGAUAGCUGGCCCAAACCUGAUCAAGGACCGCUUGGCCCGCCAGCGAGCCGCGCACGGCGUCCUCAACAGCACGAGAUGGGGCGACUUUGAUCCGACACCGACGACUAGCGACGCUCAAGCCACGGAACCCAAGUUCCUGAACCUCACCGGAUUUCGCGAGCGGGACAACCUGGCCUGGGACGACCUCGGACGGUUCAGGCAGAAGUGCGAUGAAUGGAGCCUCAACGCGGUCGGAAUGCCGGAGGCGGCACAGCCUGUGUGGCAGAAUGCGACGGGUGUUGUCCACGGUCUUUGGCAUCGAGAGAAUGGCUCAGUACCACGAUUUCACUCCGAUUACAACCUGACAGAGAUCUCCCCGAAUAUCACCUGGGCAUCCGGCGCCUUCGAAUGGAGCCGAAACAUCACUGGUCCGGCUGGGAAGAUGCUCGUGCGGCUCGAGGACGAUGAGGCGGCGGGAACAGAACCGGAGGUUGUUGAUCCGCUAGUCCUGCACGAAACAGAAGUUCGAGCGCGAGAAGUCACUGCGACGAUAACCCUGGAAGAUGUAGAAGGCUCAGGCAGUCAGUGGGACAUGAGGAUGCACGGCGUACAUUGGCCUCGACAAGGUGCGAUGCUUUUCACGACUACGAGCGAAAAGUUUGCCGGCAUCUUUGGUCUACCACAUCUGACCAGCCGGCCCGACUUUUUUGAAACAAGCCAAGCACUUCUUAACCGAACGCUGGACAAAGUCCUGUCGAAGAAAGAGCAGCUCUUCUUCCUCGACCAGACCGAUCCGUGGGCAUCCUCGUCCGACUCACCGAGUGACGUCUUUAACCCAACAGCACACUGCGAGUAUUUGGCAUAUCUCCAAAUCCAUCCACCAGACAAGGACUAUCUCCACGUGCAGCCAUCUCUGACUGGACCCGAGAACAUCGUCAAAGCAAUCCAUGAGAUUGAGGAGGAAUUGCGGUUCCCUCAGGGCAUUUCUCACUUGGGCCGUCCCAGGUUGCAGAUGUCUGCCGUGUUGUACUCUCCGGAUUGCGCGUUCUUUCUGGAGUCGAAGGGGCCCCCUGCUUAUGCGCCGGCAGAUGGCAUGCACUUGCAGGGCAUGAAGCAGGAGACCUUUUUGUACAGCAUCACUGUGUGGCUGAUUGGCCUGGGCCUGGUGGUCUUUGGCCAGGUGCAGCUUCUCAAGUUGCAGAUGCGGGAGACCUCGACGCCUUCAACUUUGGGACGUAUCAGCUUCUACACAGCCAGUAUCAUGUUACUUGCAGACGGAACCGUCUUCAUUGGCUCUAUAGCGUGGUCUUUGUCAGCUUCGACGACGUUACUGCCGUCACUUCUCGUGACCGGCGCAUCUUUCCUGGCAAUGAUGACUGGGAACAUAUUUCUAUCGGAAAUCUACAAAGUACAGGAACCAGAAUGGCGGAGGGAGGAGAGAGACCGGGAGCGUCAGAGGCAACAGACCCAAGCUGCCAAUGCGGCUCGAUACGCUGCAGAGCACCCGCCGAGCAGCACCACCACCACAACAACAACUACUACUACCACAACGCCCCAGCCUGCUUUGCCAACCGCCAAUAUCCCAGUCAUCGUCCCGUCUGAUCAGGACGUCGACGCCGAGAUCGCCGAAGUCAACGAUGCCAACACCAACAAUAAUGCCACGCUCCCAGCGCCAGCCACUGCACCCAACACGAACGCAACUGCCACUACCGCAAGCACGUCUACGCCACUGAGCAACAUCUUUGGCCGCCUCAUCAUGUGCAGCACUCUGAUAUUGUUCCUCACUCUCGCCACCACAGGCUGGCGGCCGGGCAUCCGCGCCGCAUACUUCAAUUUGCUGGCCUUUGGCUACCUGUCUCUGUGGUGGCCACAGAUCCAUCGGAAUGCAUACAGGAACUGCCGCCGGGCAUUGGCGUGGCCUUUUGUGGUUGGCCAGUCGAUCUUGAGAAUGCUGCCGAUUGCAUACUUCUACCUGAUCAAUGACAACUUUGCGUUUGCCGAGCCAGACUGGACCUCCUUUGCCGUGCUGGCCGGAUGGGUUUGGAUUCAGAUUGUCGUCCUUGUGGCGCAAUCCAUCCUGGGCCCACGCUUUGGCGUGCCGAAAGGAUGGAUGCCCGAAGCGUGGGAAUACCACCCGAUACUGCGAGAGGAUAGCAUCGAGGCGGCGGGACUGCCCAUUGGCCUGGUGGCCGUGCCAAGCAGUCCCGCCACCAUGGAGCGGGUCAAGACUGGGGACGAAGGGGUGAGCAGCAAGCGCAGCAACGUCUACAGCACGCAGUGCGUGGUGUGCAGGGAAAACCUCGAGGUGCCAGUCAUCAAGGCUGGAGAUGAGGACCCAACUGCUGGUGGCGUGGCGGGCGUGCUGGCGCGGAGGGUGUACAUGGUGACGCCAUGCCGGCACAUAUUUCACAGCGACUGCCUCGAGGCGUGGAUGCGGUUCCGCCUGCAGUGCCCGAUAUGCAGAGAGGAGCUGCCGCCGUUGUAGCUAUGAGGUAGCUAGCCGUGUGUGGUGUAGACCUGAAAUCGAAGUAUAGUCAAAAUCCCAGGCUCUGAUCAGUGAGGCCCGUCUAAGCGCACGAGCUGUCCGUCCUCAAGAAGAGUAGGCAGGAGGUGUUCUGAGUCAGGUCUUCAGCUGUCAAGCCCGGUCGUCAGUAGCCAUUCCCAUUGGAUCGACAUCGCGUUGUCGCUUGAGAUGUGAGCGUUCCUGAAGUGCGACUAGCGUAGCCCCGUUUGGUGCUAGUGGCCCCAACCUAUGGUGAAGUGCCGGGGGAAGGG